AAUUAUUUCCUUCUUUCUAAAUAUGUUCUGUAUUUGUCUUCUGGGUCAUCUUGUUCAUCACGUUGGCUCGUCCUUCAGAGGGAACACUGAUGAGGUCGCUCCUUUUUCUGUGUUUCCUUUCUGGUCAGGUGAGCUCAGAGGCGGUGGCUGCACCGAUCAUAUCAGGCGAGGGGCGUGGCCUAAUCAGGAAGAAGAAGAAGCAUCGCGUGUCAGAACCCGGAGCGUUGGUGAUCGAACACGCGGAGCCGUCAGACGCAGGUGUUUAUACCUGUGUAGCGUGGAACAUGGAGGGAGCGGACACGAAGAGCGUCUCAGUGAUCGUGGACUCUCGGGGGUCUGCGGGGUCGCGGUCUGUCGGGGGGAGCUGGUGGGACGCUGAGCCCAGCAGAGAGCAGCCCUGGCUGGGGAACUCUGCCGGCGCUGCAGCCUCUCUGGUGCUGCUGGCAAAGGUGGUUCACGCCCAGUCGGUGGUGUUGGAGUGGAAGUUGUAUCCCAGCAGAGGAUCUUCGUCUGUGGGUCAGGACGCCCCCCUACCUCUGCCCCGGUGGACCAGCGCCACUGUGCACAUUGAAAACCCUCAGAUCAGCUACACGGCCAAG